AUGGUAGGGAUCACGAGACUCGAACUCCGGACGGCACUUGGUCCAGUUUAUCGGGAUGUGCUCCCCUACCCACCCCGAGACUGCACGGCGGAUGAAAUCCCGGUAAUCGACCUGGCGCCUAUGUUUUCCGACGAGCUAUCCGACCGUAAACGUGUCGCCGCGGAUCUUAGGUCAGCUGCAACCAACAACGGUUUCUUCUAUAUUAAGAACCAUGGAAUAUCGGAUGAGACUAUUGCUCGGUGCAAACAGCAAGUGUUGAACUUUAUGAGGCAACCCCAGGAGAAGAAAGAUUUGUUGGAGUCCAGGACGCAUAGCAAGUACUACAAUGGGUAUCUUGGAAAUCGCAAGGCCCAGAUAUCUCGUACCGAGACCGCCGAUGUUCGAGAGUCUUUCUCAUUUCGUUACUCUCCAGAGCUUGAUCCGGAUCAUCCAAUGGAUAUCUCUGAGGUUUCCCCUGAGGUCAGGUCUUGGAUCCGUGGAGAGGACUUUGUGUGGGAAGGGACAGCUCAUCUGCUAGACUUCAAGAAAGACUGCCUUGCGUAUUGGAGUAGUUGUCUCACUCUCGCGAGAAGACUGGUGAGAAUUUUUGCUCUGUCUCUAGACCUAAGUGAGGAUUAUUGGGAUGACAAGAUCACCCAUCCCGGAGCCGACGGCGUCUUCAACUACUAUCCGCCACGGACCGAGGAGGAAGUCCAGGAUAACUUUGUGGGUUUGGGAAGUCAUACAGAUUUACAGCUGUUCACACUUUUGUGGCAAGACAGCGUCGGUGGUCUGCAAAUAUUGUCCAAGGAGGGGCAAUGGUUGAGAGCGCCUCCGAUUGAGGGAACCCUUGUGGUCAAUAUCGGUGAUUUUAUGAUGCGUCUAUGCAACGACAUUUACAAAUCUACCGUCCACAGGGUCACAAAUGAGUCUCCUGUUGAACGCGUUUCAAUGCCCUUCUUCUUUGGCCUCAAUUUCAACUGUGUCGAAGGCGUUGUUCCUUCGUGCACUUCAGAAUCGAAUCCGGCAAAAUACGAACCCAUAUCUUGUGGCGACUGGUGUCAGAUGAGAUUUAAGAUGGAGAGAAGCGACUUCUUGAAAAGUGAGGAAGCGAAGAAAAAUCUGGCCCCAAGUGGUAGGGUCGUUGCUGUGUAA